AAGGGAAAAACGGGAAUUAGGGUUUUGGGAGGUACAUGUAUGGCUUCGGGGCCUACAGUAGGAGAAGGUGAUGGAGCCAGAGAGAAACAGAGGUUCACGGAGAGCAAGGUCUAUACUCGAAAAGCUUUCAAAGGCCUCAAGAAGAACAACAUCGUCAACACCACCGCCAACACCGACGCAAACACAAAUACCAACGCAACCGCCACAACCACCACCGCCUUAGCUGCCCCCUCCGCCCCCGCCCCCGCCCCUGCCUCUGCCGCUAUCCCAACCACCACCAGCGGCAACAUCAACGGGAUCGACAACAGUAUCAACGGGAAGGACAGCAGCAUUAGUGAGAAGAACAACAGCAUCAACGAGAACGAGAAGGACAACAACAUCAAAGAGAACCAGAAGGACAGCAACCACAACCAGAAACAGAAGGACAACAGCAACAACGAAAACGAGAAGGACAGAAAGAGUCAGAACAAGGAUAACGGGAAUGAUGAGAAUUCCACUCGGCCUCCGGCUCAGACUAUUCUGUCUGAGGAUGGAAAUUCCACUCAGCCGCUCAUUUCACAGUCUGGUGCUGCUGCCUCUGAUGACUCCUUGAGCCUGAACCGGCAAGAACCUGCGGCGACAGCAGCAGAGGCAGUGGUUGAGGCAACUAUUGAGCGGGAAAGUCGGAAUUCACCUGAAGAGAAUGGGGUGGUCAAGCCGGCUUUGGAUAGCCGAACUAAGAUUAAUUUGGCUUCAAGGUCGAAGCAGGAGAAGCGGGAGCUUCGAAGGAAGCUUGAGAGUGAGCUCGAUUUGGUGCGGAGUUUGGUGAAGAGAAUUGAGGCUAAACAGGGGCAGAUUGGUGGGUUUAGUCACUCCCAUGUUUCAGUGAAUGAUGGGGCGAAUAGUGCAGGUGGAGGGCUGAGGCUGGUUCACUCUGAGGUUGCUUCUGUAGGUGUUCCUCGAGAGGCUACCAGGCCUUUGCAUCAGCUGAGUAUAUCCGUGUUGGAGAAUAGUCAGGGAAUGAGUGAUAUUGUGGAGAAAGAGAAGAACCCCAAGGCGAACCAGUUCUAUCGUAAUUCUGAGUUUUUGCUUGCCAAGGAUAAGAUUCCACCUGCUGAGAGUAACAAGAAGUCGAAAUCGAAUGGGAAGAGACAUGGUGGAGGAGAAUUGUGGCAAGGGUUCGGUGGGAUGGGAAGCAAGUUUUUCAAGAGUUGCAGUUCUUUGCUUGAGAAAUUGAUGAAGCACAAGCAUGGUUGGGUGUUUAAUGAACCUGUUGAUGCUGCCAAGCUUGGUUUGCACGAUUAUCAUAUCAUUAUCAAGCAUCCAAUGGACUUGGGUACCAUCAAGUCGAGGCUGAACAAGAAUUGGUACAAGUCUCCGAAAGAAUUUGCGGAGGAUGUGAGACUUACAUUUCACAAUGCCAUGACCUAUAACCCCCCAGGGCAGGAUGUUCAUGUAAUGGCAGAGCAGUUAUCCAGAAUAUUUGAGGACAGGUGGGCCAUCAUAGAGUCAGAUUACAAUCGUGAGCUGAGGUUUGGAUAUGAUUAUGGGGUUAAUCUUCCAACUCCUACACCAAGAAAGGCACCUCCACUGCUACCACCUCAUCUUGAUAUGCGAAGGAUUUUGGACAGGUCUGAGUCCAUUUCUCGUCACGCUGAUCCGAAGCCUAAAUCCAUGACUAUUACUCCUAGGACCCCCGCUCCUAAGAAGCCUAAAGCUAAAGAUCCUCAUAAAAGGGACAUGACUUAUGAAGAAAAGCAAAAGCUCAGCACACAACUCCAGAGUUUACCUUCAGAGAAGCUGGAUGCCAUUAUACAGAUUAUAAAGAGGAGGAAUUCGGCACUUUUCCAUCAUGAUGAUGAAAUUGAAGUGGACAUAGAUAGCGUUGAUACCGAGACCCUGUGGGAGCUGGACAGGUUUGUAACCAAUUACAAGAAGAGUUUGAGCAAACACAAGCGAAAAGCUGAAAUGCAAGCCAGAGCAGAAGCUGAGCAGAAUGUCCAGCAGCAGACCCAGGCCCCAGUUGCAGCAGAGGUUUUGAAACAACCCAAGACAGAUGGAAGGAUUAUUUCCUCUUCAACACCCAUUCAAGGGGAUAACCAGGGUGAUAAUAGAAGUAGGUCGAGUAGUUCAAGCAGCUCUAGCAGUGAUUCUGGAUCUUCCUCAAGUGACUCAGAUAGUGAUAGUUCGUCAGCAUCUGGAUCAGAUGCAGGUUCGCCUAGGACUUAACUAUUUUCUUUUGAGAUCUCUGAAAAUUAGGGUAGAUGGUGAUUGGAAGCUUUUCAGACAAAUUUUCGAAUUGAAUCUGCGAUUGGUGUAUAGUGGAAAUUUUCUCCAAGGCCUCCAACCAUCGUGCAAGUAUAGAAUGGGGUUCUCUUCUCUCUCAUCCGUUGGUCUUGUUAGAAUUUGUAUAAUAUUGGUAGAAUGUGGUGAUAAAUAGAUACAGUUGGGUCUGUUUUGCAUAGCACAUGUACAUUGCUAAGUACUGCGAGUCUGCGACCCGUCUAAAUUUGGAUGACUUGUUUUUUGGUUUGGUGCUGACAGAUUGAGGAUGCUUUGGUGGAUACAAAAUUAGAUAGCCUGUAAACCAACUUCAUUCAUAUGAAUUCUCUUGUAUUCCCAUGAGAUUGCUAUGUUUGGUAGAUUUGUAUGCACUUUGCAGUUGUAGAAUCUCACCAAUAUCAGGAGUAAGACUCCGAAUAACUGCUACA